AUGUUGACUGUGGCUUUUCGUGAGUCUACUAUGAGUAAAACAAGAGUUUACGAGUGGUACGUUUCAAAGAGGGCCGUGAAGACGUUGAAGAUGACGAUCGCCCUGGACGCCCUAGCAUCAAUAACCGACGAACAGGUGAAGAAAAUGAUUCUGGAAAAUCGCCGAAUCACUAUCAGAGAGAUUGCUGAUAAUGUCGGCAUAUCAUUCGGCUCAUGUCAAGCAAUUUUUUCGGAUGUUUUGGGCAUGAAACGUGUGGCAGCAAAGUUUGUUCCGAAAUUGCUGAAUUUCGACCAAAAACAACGUCGCGUAGACAUCGCUCAAGAAUUAUUGAAUGAAGUCAACAACGAUCCAGAACUUCUCAAAACGGACAUAACAGGUGAUGAAACAUGGGUAUAUGGCUAUGACGUCGAAACCAAGGCCCAAUCGUCCCAAUGGAAGCUGCCUGAAGAGCCAAGACCGAAAAAAAUUCGACAAGUUCGAUCAAAUGUGAAGGUUCUUCUCACUGCUUUUUUCGAUUUUAAUGGCGUAGUGCAUCAUGAGUUCCUGCCAUACGGUCGUACGGUCAAUAAGAAAUACUACCUGCAAGUUAUGCGCCGUUUGCGUGAAGCAAUCUGA